AUGAGCCAAAAACCGCAAAACAACGAUCUGGGGACCGCCCACGACUCCCUCUUUAAGGAAAAAGUCGCUCUUCUACGGCUCUACUAUCCGCAAUUUCUGGAAAUUGCCCUCACGGAUCUCCUUCUGAGCUGUGAUUCCGAUUUUGACGCAGUGAAGGGCUUAAUAAGCGGAGAAGUGCCGAAAAAGCGAGCUGCUUUGACACAAGGAAGUCUAGGAGUGGCCAAAGCUCGAAAAUUACAAGCUCCAGCUUCAGUCUCCUCCAAAACUUCACUGAAGAAUGGUAGACAGAAGAUUACUCUUAACACACCACAAGACGUAGAACACCAUUUGGCGCCAUAUGCAUCUCUUCAUCUCAAUUUUCUUCCGAAAGAAGUUAGCGAGCCUCUCCUUGCUGAACUCAUGGAGCAGCGACACGCUUACAAAUACAAUCAAUUCUACUUGUUCGGCAAUAGGUGUGAACUGAGUCAUCUGUUGGGGAUGUACUCGCGGCCAGAGGCCGAAUACGCUCAGAUGGUCUACAAUGGAUUGAAACGUAGCAAACCUGCUCUCUACACAGAGAACAUGGAGAAAGCAUGUGUGUGCAUGGAGGAGUUGUUGAACAAAAAGAUAAUACCCAAUGAGCCACAGCCGCAGUGGAACGUAGACAAACGCAGUGACUCUAACAAGGAAUCCUCAGAGAAAAGUGAAGAGAAAUUUAGAUGGACGAGUGAUUUUUGCUUGGUUAAUUGCUACGAGAAACUACAAAGCAACUUGGCGUGGCAUUCAGAUCGUCUCUCGCACAUUGGACCAUUAAACUACGUGGCGCUGUUAUCUCUCGGGACCACUAGGGUGUUUAGACUACGAAAUACUUACAACAAGAAUGCGCCCACGUAUCACAUUCCACUCCCGCACAAUAGUAUCUUGCUUAUGAAACCCGGAUGUCAAGAGGAGUUUCAGCAUUGUGUCGGUCCCAUGAGCAAAGCUAUAGCGCUACAUGAGACCGCUGGGUCGCUAAGGUUUGGUAUUACAGCACGGCACUACCCUCCGUUUUUCAUUCAGAAUCUGCCCAAGUGCCGAUGUGACCUCUCGAUGAUUCUUCGGCGCUCGUACAAAAAUGUAGCCAUUCGAGGGCAAUACUUUUGGGCCUGCGAGAAUAUCUACCAAAACAAGGAUUGCGGUGCAUUCCAUUGGGCGGACUUCGAUAAUGUGUCUGGACACUACAUUGCCAAGGAUACCAGUGCAAUUCUGACAUGGAUUGCUCCCGAAGAUACGGAGAAGCACGAAUAUGAGAGGAAGAAAAAAGAAACUGAUUUAAAAGGUCCUGAUGGGAGACCUGAUGGGAGACCUGAAGGCGAUGGUGUUGGAAGAAGCGCCUGA